AGAAGACGUUGUCCAUCUGGUGGAUGCCAGGUGACGUUGCAAAUGUUGGGAAGAUCAACGUAGACGUUGCAGCAGGCGUAUACCGUUCGCACAUGGCUCGUCUGAGCAAAUCUCAAUCGUUCACUAUCCAUGAGGACGCUGGCAUUCCUACGCCAGACACAUUCCAACACCCGAGCUUCGAGGAAGCAGUGAACUCUGCGUACGAUAUUGACACACUCGACACAGAGCAACGCAUAGAUCGACGCGCGGUCGAGACAGACGAGGACGAUGUGUUCUCACACAAAGAGACCAACAAUGCAGACGACGGAGCUAGACGAGCGUCAUUCCUGACCCAGACUUCGAUCUCUUCUUUCCCAAGAUCCAAUCGUGACGACGUCAAGCCUUACAAGCCGCCUGUCAUACGGCCUUCAUUCAGACGACCGGAAUCUGUACGGCGUUUGCAGCUGAGCUCGCCACCGCCGUUCCGAAGCCCACGCCAUUCCGUAGUGCGACAUACUAGUUCGAGAAGCGGCACACCACGUUCGGCUCGCUCAGCCCGAGCACACGGAAGCCCUCUGCCGAGAAGGACAUUCGCCCACGAUGGAGAAGAUGCAGCCGAGGCGAAGAACUACCCGCUUGUGCUACUCCAUAUCACGUUGUUACCCACCACGUUCCCAUGGAGCAGGGGAGCCGUGCAUGACUUGCUACCAGCGGAUAUUGCCCAGAGAUUGCAGCUAUUGCGGACUAAGGUGACAGAUACUCUGCUGCAGCGCGGCCUGCUUAUCCCACAUCCACACGCGGAGUACGACCUGCUUGAAGAGCGUCUGCUGGAAGCACUCGAGUUGCGUUCGGAACGAAUCACCAAGUGCGGUCAUUUUCGAUCGGAUUCCUUUUCGAGUGGAGAAGGUAGCGACUCCGGCUUGGGAUCUAGCGUGGACGGUUCCUGCGUGGACAGCGAUGAGAAUCUCUGUGCCACCUGCCAGCAGCCACUCGGAGAGUCUCAGCACGGCGCAGGCGAGAGCGGGCGGAAAUGGAGCAUCAAGGUCUACGCUGCGAACGGGCUUCUGGGUGCGGGAGCUUGGGCAGCUGCGUGGGAUGAGAUGGAGAGCGUCGAUGUUGAGAUUCUACCAUGGGUUAGCGAUGAGCUGCGACGAGAGCUUGACAUCCGUACGUACGAAGAUACGACGCAUGUCGAGCAGAAUGGCCCGUUCGCAGCAGAGGGAUUUGCCGACGUAGAGAGUCCGUCAACAACUGAGCCGUCACGACCAACGUCAUCAUCGGAUGAUAGCAAGACUCCGAAGAAGGUCCUACCCACCGAGCUGCCUCAAAUAUACCGCCGGGCGGAGAUCCCAAUCACUAUCCUGCUUCGCAACUACGUCUUCCUGCUUGCGAAAGAUCGUCGAAACGCAACAAUUUUCUUCUUAGCCAUGUUUGCAUUCUGCUUGGGUGUACGAAGCCUUACAGGGAUAACGAAACUGGCGACACUGCCCACGCAGAUGGCUGGUCCUUGGCAGGCCAAUGACACGUUGACCAUGGCGGUCACUGCGGGCUCAGUGGAGUACACGAGUGGCUUGACCGAGCAGCCCACAAGCAGCGCAACAGGAAGUCCAUUCGUAGAGAUCGACCCAGGCGGAGGUGAGCAAGCAGCCGAGGACGAUGUGGAGAGGCUAAAUGCAUUGUUGGAGCCUGAGCUGCAUCUUCAUGGAAUAGUCGCUGGACAAGAGUGAUGUGGUUACAUUCUGGGCGACUCUGUUUAGCAGGCGUGGUGCUCGGCGUUGUGUAUGGCAUAUGCCUUGUUCGAGAUGGUUAUGCUGGACGUAGUAUACCAAAGUAUGUGGCUUUACGGCCAUUCGGCGACUGAUUACCCACAAACAGCUGAAACAAUUUAACCACGCUAAGCACGCUUGCACUAUGGCCUGCUGUUUCCGUUGGAGUUCGCCAUCACACGGGUCGUAUCGUGCCCAUGAGGUAUCU